UUUAGGAUUUCGAAGAGAGGUAAUGUCUGUGGAGACAGGUCAAGAAGCAGUUGGCGAUCACAGGAAUGAAAAAUUAACUAAUAAUAAUAAUAAUAAUAGAACUACAGCAAAUGACAACGGAGACAGCGAAAAAAACAGUGAUGUUGAUGCAAGUACACCUUCCGGGAACGUUAUGGAUGUGGAAAAAGUGCUAGCCGAUAACGACUCUAACAUAAGCAUUCAGCAGAAGAUUAUUGAACAGAUUGAAUAUUAUUUUGGCGAUAUUAACUUACCUCGAGAUCGAUUUCUACAGGAAGAAAUUAAGAAAGAUGAUGGGUGGGUUCAGCUUACAACGAUGUUGAAAUUUAAACGCUUGGCGCAAAUUUCUUCCAACCCUAAAAUAAUUCGAGAAUCCUUGAAACAUUCUGAGCUGAUGCAGGUGUCCGAAGAUGGUAGUAAAAUACGACGUAAUCCUGCGAUACCAUUGCCAGAAAAUUCGCUUGAAUACUGGCAAGUUGUGAAACGUCGUACCGUAUACAUUAAAGGCUUCGAACGAGAGACAAAAUUGGACGAUAUUUUAGAUUUCGUUAAGCAAUUCGGUAGUGUUGAAAAUGUUAUGAUGCGUCGUGAAAAAUCAGAAAAGCGAGCUUUUAAAGGCUCGGUGUUCGUCACUUAUAAAGAUCAAAAGACAGCAGAAGCUUUCGUUAACAGUGAUACGAAACAGUUCAAUGGCAACGACCUUUUGAAAAUGAUGCAGAAUGAUUACUGGGCGAAUAAACAAAAAGAACUGAAAGAAAAACGACUUGCUGCGCGUGUUGCUAAACAAGCUAAGAAGAAGGCUGUCGAAGCAGAAUCAAAAAAAAGAACCUGGAAAUGGUACAUUUUGUCAAAGGAUUAGUGCUAUCAGUGGAAAAUCUUCCAAAAGAGGAUUGCGACCUCACGAAAAUUAAAGAUUUUUUUAAACAAUUCGGUGAUGUUCAGUAUGUUGUAUACGAAAAGGGGGAUGAAAAGGCUCAAAUUCGUUUUGGUGGUGAAGAAAACGGUGCUGCUGUUGCUUGGAAAACAGCGGUAGAAAAAGGAGAAGAUGGAAAAAUAAUGUUCGGUGGGAAUGAGCUCAAGGGAACUGUGCUUGAAGGCAAAGAAGAAGAAGAAUACUGGAAUAACUUCAGUAAAAAAAAAGCUGAUAAACAGGCGCGAAUAGCCAAAAAUCGACGGGGAACUAAGGUUCGAGGCCGUGGUCGAGGGCGAAAUGAUGCGGGAAAUGGUGUAACACGAGGCGAAAAGAGGUCAGCUGAGGAGGUGGCUGAAGACACACCUGAGAAGAAACUGAGAAAAACAGUAUAUGAAAGCGAAGAGCCGAAGAAAGCUACCAAAGUAAUAUUCGCAGAUUCGGACUGAACUAACCUGCGUCCUACUUACUAUUGACUCGACAUUUCCGUCUCGAUCCUUUCUGUUUUCUUUAUCAAGUUCUGUCUUGAUCAAUUGUUCUUUGUUAAUGUUAAUUAUUCCUAAUGGAAAAUAAAAACAUGAAUCAUUUGUGGA